AUGACUGACUUUCCUGAUGAUUUGCAGUUGCAUUCAAACGGUGAUGGUUUUCCUCAGCAUGUUGCCGAUGGUGCUGGCUCACAACUUGGCGUGUGCAUUGAUGAGACGUUGCAGCAACACUUCACUGAUGAUGGUGUCACUGUUGAUAUUUUUGAUGGCCCUGGUAUCGAUUCAAACCAUGACAUUCCAGAUGACGUUUCUUUGCUGUCAGGUGAUCCUGCCCCAUGCCGCCUGGACGAUUUUGUGGAGGAGUCUCAUCGUGUGCAGAGCUCUGCAGUUUGGAUUGCAGAUGCCAUGCAAGUCUUUGCGGAAGCAGGUGUCAACUUGGUUAACCCAAUUGAUGGUCCGUUGUUACCAGCACCAGCUGGUGAGUCGGGAGCCUUUUUGGGCCGCAGUUUGAUGUCCUCAGAAGUUUCAGCUAUGUUGCGAAGUUUUUUGGGAGUGCCAAACAAUGGACAUGAUGACAAUGCCCCUCUCUUCUCCAGUCACAGCCUGAAGGCAACGACACUUGCUUGGGCCGCCAGGUAUGGAUUGAGCCCCGCAACAAGGUCACUGUUGGGACGUCAUACAUCAUGUUUGAACGAAACUUUUUCUGUUUACUCGCGUGAUCUGAUGGUGUCCCCUGUGGUUGAAUUACAGCGGGUCAUUGAUGAAAUUGCCAAUGGAAACUUUUCUCCUGACGAGCAACGCUCUCGUUUCUUUGGAGCAAUGGGUGCUGAUGGGAACAUGGCAGGUCCAAACACUGCUGAUGGCAAUGAUUGCGUUGAUGUUGAAUCAAUCAAAUCCCAGCAGUGCUCUGAAGUGUCACCUGAAGCCCCAGUUGGUGAGCCAACCAGUGCCGAAGAUGCUCAACGUGCUGCAGGGGACGAGCCUAAUGUUGAGUCAGAUGACUCCUCCUCAGAUGAUGAGGGAGCGUGCACGGCCGUCUUACAAUUCAUCGGUCGUCCUCGCUAUUUGGACAGCCUUUUCCAGCUGUGGAGCGGGUUGACACAUUCGCUCAUACUCAUGGAAGCAUUAUUGUUUCCCGAGCAACCCAUCCAAACAAGCUCCCAAUUGGCGCUGCCGCGAGAGAAUAUGCCUCUUUCGCACAUCCUCGACGACGGCUUCCAGCCCAUGGCAUAUCGCAUCCCGCUGGCCAUCCAGGCACUCGCGGAUUACACAGAUUGGUUUCAUGACAAAUAUGAUGACCAACUUCAUCGUGAAAUGGCAUCGUUGCUCGACGACUCGAUGCUGAUCUUUCAAAGCAUCCAUCAGAUCCUGCAGCUCCGCCCCGGCACGGCAACUGCAGCACAGCCAGCGCCUGACACCGGUGGACAUGACACCACAGCCGUGCUACCUCUUGCGCUGCCUGCUCAAGUCGCACCUGACGACCCUUGGACUACUUGA